AUGCACGAGAUCGUGGCGGACGUCGACGCCCAUGCCGACCUCAUGGCUAUCGCUCUCACCUGUCGCUCCUUCGCCCACCUCAUCAUUCCUGGCCACCUUGAGUAUCGCGUUAUCCGCGUACGACACCCUCUUUCCUCUAUGUGGCACCACCUAGCGAAACGAAGAGACCUGGCCCGCAACAUUCGCGAAGUUCACUUCUGCGACCGCAACGACUAUUCUGAUUCCGAUCGCUGGCCUAAGCGUCUCGUAGAGGGAACGCCUACGACCGACGAAGUCACACGCAUUAAGAAUAUCUGCACGGCUCUCCAUCACAUGGAGAAGCUCGUCGUCUUCACUUGGACGGCGAUGGAGAGGCACGCAGGUCCUACUCAAUGCCCUCUCCAUGAGGAUGCAAUCUUGCACGCGCUUUGCGGCAAACCCUCAUUGCAGAGGUUGGCUGUGAUUGGGAACCUCGGUGCUCAUGCUGUUGGGACCAACCUAGACCCCAAGAGCGUCGUCUACCCCCUUUGGCGCGUCAACAACCUCACCUCCAUCGUUCUCUCCGGGGAUGCCUUCCUCAAACCUGCCAAUGGUCCCCACGUGCGCGCCAUGCUCAACCGGUCAUCUUCGACUCUCGAGCAUCUCGAAUGUCCUCUCGAGCUGCAGGUGCUCCAAGACUGCAAGUUCACCAACCUACGCCGACUGAAGCUCCGCCUCCUCUCCGGCGCCAGCGUCUCCAUCGACCGCUCCCGCAUCCAGUUCCUCGCCAACAACCCAUCCAUCGAAGAGCUCGCUUGGAUCCCGCUCGGGUGCAUUCAGAUGGCCCCGGACAUCCUUCCCAACCUGAAGAGCGUUCAGACUACCGUCGAGGUUCUGCGCUCGCUAUGCAAGUCGACAGCUCCGCGCGCGUUUGAGGUGCUCGAAGUACUAUCGCUAGACGCGGAGACGUUGAUCGAGAUGGACAACCUGGACAGAGGGGCGCUGAAGAAGUUGACAUUGUCGUGGUUCGAUACUAUGGGGCAGUUGGAGCGCAUUGCAGAGCUGUUCCCCAAUUUGACGUGGCUAAAUCUUCCGCGUAGCGGCGUGGCGACGACGCCGGACCAAUGGCUCUCCCUUCUUCCUCGCUUUCGCCACCUCGAAGUCCUUCGUGGACAGGUCCUUUGGGAAUCCGCCGGACGCACACCCGCGCGCGACGCGGCGCACAUGGCCGGUCCUAAGGAGCCUCCAAUACAGCCCUACCCCAUCGCCGGCCCGGCCACCAAGCCCUCUACGCCCGCAGAGUCCAAAGCCCGCAUGCACACCCUCAUAUGCCAACUCGCAAUAGCGUGCCCCCAUCUCAAGUUCCUCGACCACUGCGUGUACUACGACAAGCGACGAGAUUGGCAAAGGAUUGCAAUUCUGCGGAAGCUCGACGAGAAGGGCGUAUUGAACGUACGGUACGAGAUUAGGAGGCCGCAGGCAGUGAAACCUUUCACGUUCCUCGGAGGCGUUAGCGAUGCCAGCCUGUAG